GCCGUUGUUGCCUCUAGUCGCCAGAAAACCACCACUACUCCUUCUGCCCCGCCCCUGCUUCGUUAGGGUUUGCUGCUUUUCAUGGUGUUGAUGUUGCUGGUGUUACUACUGCUGGUUCUAAUGCCAUUGCUGCUGUUGCUGUUAAUAUGGAAUAAGUGGGUUUGUCGCCUUUGCCUUCUUGGAUUGAGUUCCGAUGAUUUUAUAUCAAAGUUAAGGUUGCUGUUGGACCAUCGGAGUUUCUGGCCGCUGUCGGAGCUGCCGCCGGAUCAGCUCGGGAUUGUGGCUGUUCCAUUUUGCUCUUACUAUAGGAUUGAGUUGUCGGGAUUGCCUGUUGCAAUUAAAACCAUUUCUGCUAUUGCGGAAGUGAGUAGACCUGCGAUUGAAGCUGCAGUUUAUUCAGGCGGAGAGGAAUGAUUCUUGUGACGCCUUUAGUUUAUGGGUUCAACUUUGGAGGUAGGGGUUUUCCUUAAAAUCUAAUUUAUAUUACAGAG